CUUUCUAUUUCAGUUUUUGAGCUCAAAAAGUCUAUCGUUAUUUUUGCCGUGAUGUCUGAAAGUGAAAAAAUGAAAAUGCACGUGGCGAAUUCCGAAUUUGGACUCCAAAGCGAGCAGAAUAUGCAGCAAGGAGUUGAUGUAAGCAGCUGCAACAAGCAGGAACACGCACCGUCGAGCAAGGGAUUUCCGCUGACCAAGCCUGCGCAAUCCACCGCUCUUGGAAUCCGGGAUGAUGAUGAUGGAGCUGGUCCCGCUCGCGCAUUCCGCAAAUCCCAGCUGCGCGUCCUCUUUGCUGUAUUGCUCGGAGCAUUCCUGGUCCCCGCGUACAUCCAUUUCUGUCUAGAAUACGGCUCGAGUUCCACGCUGGGCUUCAGUUUCAACCGCGCAGCAAGUAACAGUGAAUACCGUGAAGAUACCGACGUGCUGACGAGUCUUGUGCCGACGAUCCUCGAUUUCGUGCCUGGAUUUUCACGCCCUUCUCGUCCCAGUGCUGCAGUUACUGACACGACAGGCCGCGGAGACUCGCAGCGUGUCUUUCCGAGCACCUGGCGCCGUCUGCGCGCUGAGAUUCUAGUGACGAAGAACGCGGAGAGGGGUUUUCCAGGAGCCGGUGCAGCAAGUGAUGGUCAAGACCGGCACCAGCGUUUGUCGCAGCACCUGUUGGAAGAAGAAACAAAGUUGCAGCAGAUGCUGACGCUCGCCUGGGACAUCCACGACAUGACGACGACGAUGGAGCACCGCAUUCCAAGCGGCAAGAAGCUAACCUUCGAAGCUGUUGGGGGUGCUUUUCCAAACGACCAUGUGCUCAGAUUCUGGAAUUUCGAUCGGUAUCGUGUCUGCUUUUGAAUUUCAUUUUUAUGGCCACGCAUAGUGGGUGCCGCGUUGUGAGUAGUAAUUUGCCUGCUCAUCUGGUUGAGGCACCAUGCGAAAAUCACUGGCUUUUGAUGACCACAGGGCAAUAAAAAAAACGUAAAUUGAAGAAGAAACUCAGGUAUCAAUACGACCUGGAUCCGGACAAACUGAACACGGUUUUACAAAACGAGUACAAAAUCGGGAACUUUCGGUCGUCCUACUCGCGGCUGGUCGACCGGUUCCCGCUGUUUUGUGUGGACAGUGAGAUGAACGACCACGACUCGAGUGCAUCAACAACUUCCUCUUCUGCAGAAGUUGUCCGUGUCACUAGCUCCUCCUGCGAAGAAAAAUUCGGCGGUGGAUUUGACAAAAUUCAGCAAACUAUCGGGACUUUGGUGAAGCUGGAAUAUCGAGUCACGAAUUUUCAACACCUCAUGCACGACGAUGAAAACGCAGAAGCGGAAGUGAAGCAGUUCGAAAUUCAGUGGCUGAAGAACAUGGAGAAGAUAAGAUCCAAGCAGCUACACGGUGCGGAAGGUCGUACUGGAACGUCGAAAAUUCGGUUGCACUUCUUCUCCGAAGGCAGCUCCGUCGACUACGCGUUUUUCAGUGCAGUGGAAACGCGAAUCUCGCUGUUCUGCUUGGCGGGGUUGGGUGUUUUCGCCGCGGUCGGUCUGGUCGGCAUGGUUUUCUUGUGGAAGAAGCGAUAUGUCGUCGAAACUAAUGUAGCUGAUUCUACUGAUGUUGGCCAGCAAAUCGUCUCCAAAAUCGAACUUACCGGCACGCUCCAGCGCAUCGCUUUCUCCGCUUGCAAAGUGUUUCUCACCACGGUCACAACCUUUGCGAUCUUCGUAUACCACUGCUGGACGCUGGUGAAAAAUGCAGAAAAUGACAACUACAACACUCCGACCAAGACCGACUUUCAGUUGCUGUUACCGAAUGUGAUCAAAUUUCUCACGUUCGCCGUUCUGCCGGUGCUGCUCUCCGGGCUGGAGUUAGGGCUCAGGGCGGAGAAAAAGAGCACGACCCUGCUUGUCGUUCCGACGAUUCUUCUUCUAGCACUUGGCUUGCUCUUUCUGACGGUUUUCGGUGCGAGCAAUUCUGGACCAGAGACGACGCAGGAGUACUGGGCAAUCACUUUGCUCAUCGGGAUUAGUGUGCACGCAGCGAUUCACUGGGUGUUUGGGCAUCUGUUUCGUGCUGGAAACCCAGGUUUUUUACCACGACGCACUUCGUCUACAACAACUACCGUUGAAAAUGAUUCCGGGACCAAAAAUGUGCAACAGGCACUCCACGAGAAGCAGGAAGGGGACGAAAUGCGUGUGGACGUUGUCGUUCCUGUCGACAAUGAGCUCUCUCGAAUAAGCACAAGCAGCAACAAAAACAAUCAUUCCCCAGAAAAAACCACUUCUCGUAGCACCACGCCGGCGAAGCAAACUCACGAUGCAGACGACAAAGCUUCCGCCGGUUCAAGCACCGAGUUGAAUUUCACGGAUCCUUCGUCGGCAUCGGUAUCGCAAACGACAUCCCCUACGAAAGAAGAGGUGUACGACGAAAACGUUGAGCACGACAAGGAGUUUGCGAUCAAGCAGAAGUCGAGUGCAGCCUCGGACAGUGCCUUCGCAGGCACAGAUAUCGAAGCGGAGGUGGAGAUGAACGAGCACACAGUAGUGAAAAAUACUACAAGGAAGACGCUCGCCCUCAUCCGAGCCUUCCUGUUUCUGUCUUCGCUCGCUUUUGCCACAGUCGUUGUUCUGAUUCGGAACGGAGAGGAAAGGGAAAGAAGCAAUACGACCUCAGACUUGCUUUCAAUCGAGAGCUUUGUCGUCACGCCUUGGGCCGCUACAGCAACGUCUUUCGCGUCGUCCUCUACCGCGCACGUGCGAAACUACUUGGAGUACAAGCAAAACCAAUCUGUUUUCACCAACGACGAGGUGGAAAUCGUGUACAGCGUGGCUCCUCCUCAAGACGCUGUCACCAGGCAGAAUGAUCCGAAUGAUCCACAUCCUCCGGUCCACUUCUCGACAAAAACCGAACUGCUGGAAGAAAAGCGGUUUGCUGAAAACUUGAAAAACCACCUGUCACAGCAGUUUUAUUCGAGUCCGCGCUCUGCUGACUGCCAUCCCUUCACCACGACCGCGUUCUUCCAGGAUUUUGAGAAGUUCCUCUGGGAAAACGGACUGGACAGCACAGAGAAAAUUCCGAGCAGCUUGGCCCACGAGUUCGUUCACAUGAAGCAAUACGAACACUGGAAGGCGGAUCUGAAGUUCGCUACAGUUCUUGAUCCCGCUUUUGGAAUGGGACAACAGAAGCAGUACUAUGUCAACAACUUCAAAUUCCGCGUGAAGUUCUCCUGCAACGCAGAGAAGAUCCGAACGCAGGAAGUACUAGCUGCGGCGCAGCAGUUUGUGAUGGCGCACAAGAACCCGAACGAGAGCCAAAAAAUCUACUUACGUGCCGCGGUUUUCUAUCCGUUCGCGGAUUCCUGGUCGAUGGACAACGGGUGGACGGGGGUUGCUACGAAAAACGGUUUCUUCACUGCUUUUAGUGGAAAUAAAGAACACGUUCCUUCCAGCGACCUCGACCGCUUUGCUGCCACCACAUCAGCUGGACCCGAAGUAGACGAAAACACUUCUUACGACUUGGCCAUCUUUGCGGUUGUUUCCAGCCUUUUCCUCGCAAUCGGAGUUGCGGUUGUGGAAAGAAAAACCUCCUACAGGUGGAUGAACGAACAACGGUCCCUCUCGGCCUGCUUCAAACUUGUUUCAUCCACCGCCCUUCCUCACUUGCUGAGUCUAUUCGCGACUGUGGCGGAAGUGUUUGCUGUCUUUCUGUUGCUUGCCGCAACAACCGGCGAAAGCGAAAGUGGCGGUUCUGCAGGAGGCAAGGAUGAAGCUGACGGAACAAGGCUCGCAAACGGCUUGCUGCCCAUCUCGGCCAUCAGUCUGACCGCCAUGUUCGUCUAUUUUCUUGCAGCGAAGACAACUACAUCCGUUGGAGCUGCAUCAAAGUGGUCCUCCUAUGAGCCGCGCUGCACUAGUCCGGGCACUAAAAUGAACACCGCGGCUCGACCAACACCAAUCGGCUCCCUCUCGCAGCAGCAACACCUGUUUCUGUGGGCGGUGCCGAUCUUUUCGUUUUUCGUUUUGCAGAUGGUUUUCUUUUCUGACAUCGUUGCAUUUCAAACAAGUGGGGUUCUCUUGUUCUCGACGGUACUCUUCACUAUUUUGAACUCUAUCAAGAUUUGA